UGAAACAUCGACUUCGCUUGUCCUGGCCGCCGGAAUAGAAGGAGGAGAGAAGGAGGAGGAGGAGAAGCAGAAGGAGGAGGAGGAGGAGGAGGACGAGGACGAGGAGGCGGAGAAGGACCAGGAGGAAAUUACUCCCUCGAGUUCGCUCUCCUGGACGCGGGUCCCCCCCUCCCGCUCGGCCGCCGCUGGCCUCUGCCGCAGGCGAGGCAACAGAACGGCUCGGCCCUGCGAUGCUCGCCGCCGUCCUCGCCGGCGGCGCGCCGCUUGCCGGCGGCCGCCCACCGCGCCUCGUCCGCGGCGCGGGCGGCGCCGAGGCGCGCGGCGCGCGCGUCGGCGGAAACUGCGCCUCGUCCUCCGCCUCCCGGUCCGCCCUCGCCAGCUCGCGCUCGC